GUCAAGCAAGGAGCUUAUCUCAUUUCUUAGAUAGCAUGGAAACAGUCAACAGAACAAAUGUUAAACUUUACACCUCUGGACACUUAAAUCAUAGCAAGCUUUAUAAGCCUGCAGUGAAAAUAAAACAGGGAUGGUGGUACUCUGCCAGGCAACAAACUAGUUUCAUAAGGGAAAGAAAUCAAUUCCCAGCUGAAAAUGAGAGUGCAAGGAAGAUGAAAAGAUUUUCAGGUAACUUUUGUUAGCUUCCAACAAAGGCUGAAUCUUCUUGCCCUCAAAACAGAAAUCCACAGUCACCUGUGACUGGUGUUAGUGCCUCAGCAGAUUUUUCUAUCCCACUGGAAUUGCUAAAGUUGAAAACAUUUAAGAAGAAAGUAGAGGAUGGAACUGACAGGCUCCAUGAGAGUAUCAAAAUGGAUCAAGAUGAGUUAGAUGUGCCAGAGACUAUGAUGCUGAAAAACAAACCAGUUGAGGACAGCUGACAGUGUGUUGUGGAGCUUGUCAAGGAGGAAUACCAGUUCAUACCUUCAUACUUGGCUGGGGUAGGUAAAAUGGAACAGUUUGACAAGUUCCUAGAUUUCCAGAAGGAGUUCAUAGCAAACCAUGAACUGUUACAGAAUGAUUUAACAGGGAGCAAAGGAUCAGAGCAGCAUGAAAGUAAGAUGGCUAAGGAAUGCCAGAUAAUAUGUGCUUGUGAUCCCCUCCAUUUCAAGAGAGUACAGGUUGCCGAGGAAGCAUUUGAAGAUAUAUGAAGCAGGUCUCUGAUACUAUGUGAUAUUCUGAAGGAAAUGAAAAGUGAGUAUGAGCUCUACAUGAUUAUACUUCUGGACUCUCUGCCUAUGGCACAUUGCAAGAUAGUAUUUAUUCAAGUCAAAGGGAUGGAAACAAAGCCUUCAAGGGCUCCAGAAAUACAGGCACUCAGGAAAGAUGUGCAGGUUGUCAUGCAGAAAGCCAGUACUGCUCUGGAAAGAGGCAAAGAGUAAAAGAAUAAAUUAGAAACAGUGCUACAGAUGAUCCAGACUCCAGAAGAUAAAACAGGUAAAAAGAACUGGCAAGAAAGGCUCUAUGUCAGACUCAAAGACGAAGUUGAAGGAAAUAUCACAGAAAUUUUAGAUGAACUGAAAAUCACUCAGGAAGAUCAAAGGGGAGUAUGA